AUGAGGGAGCCGGGAGCGGUUCGUAAGCGAGAUGAAGCCCAGACACAGUCCUCCAAGCCUGCCAAGGCGGCCCCAAAGCUCUCGUCCCGGCGGGAGCGGUCCAGCACCCCGGCAAAGAGAACCAAAGCCCGCUCCCUCUCCAAAAGAGAUGCCAAGUCACGCUCCCGGACGCCCCCGUCUCGCAGGGAGCGCUCCCGCACCCCGCACCGUCGGGGAGGGCGGUCCCGGACCCCGUCCCGCCGCCGGGCUCGUUCCCGCCACAGGUCCCGUUCCCGCACUCCACCCAGGUGGGGAAAAUCUCGCACACCCCAGAGGAGGGGAAGGUCACGCAGCCCUCAGCGGCGAGGGUGGUCCCGCUCCAGGACACCCCAGAGGCCUGGCUGGUCUAGGAGCAGGAACAUGGCCAGGCGGGGUCGGUCUAGGACGCCGGCCCGGCGAGGCAGGUCCCGGUCUAGGACGCCGGCCCGGCGAGGCAGGUCCCGGUCUAGGACGCCGGCCCGGCGAGGCAGGUCCCGGUCUAGGACCCCUGCCCGGCGAGGCAGGUCCCGGUCUAGGAGCAGGCCGGGUCCCUCUGCGAGGGGGGAAAAAUCUCUGAUCUCAGCCAGAAGAAGCCGCUCUGUGUCGUCAGCUGAGCGGAGGAGGAAAUCCAGGCUGCCCCUACGGAGGAGCCGGUCAGACUCAUCCCCAGAGGUGAAGCAGAAAUCCAGGAAAGCGUCAAGACACAGCCGCUCUACAUCAUCCCCUCGGCUACAGAAGAAAACCAGAUCACCCAGGCGGAGCCGCUCUGGCUCAUCCCCUCGGCCAAAAAAGAAAUCCAGAUCAUCUCGGAGAAGCCGGUCGGGGUCAUCUCCAGCACUAAAGAAGAAAUCCCGAACGCCACCCAGGAGGAGGAGGAGGAGGUCUGGAUUGUCACCAGCACUCAGAAAGAAAUCCAGAUCACUGCCUAGAAGAAGCCGCUCAGGAUCAUCUCCAGAAGUGAAGAAGAAAUCUAGAUCGCCGCCAAGACAGAGGAGGUCAGGAUCUUCUCCACUGGCAAGAAGGAAAUCCAGAUCGCCGCUGAGACGAAGCAGGUCUAGGUCCUUGCAAGCGUUGAAGAGGAAAUCUAGAUCGCCCCUGAGACGAAGCAGGUCUGGUUCUUCUUUAGCAUUGAAAAAGAAGUCUAGAUCGCCCCUGAGACGAAGCAGGUCUGGGUCAUCUUCAGUGGUGAAGAAGAAAUCUAGAUCGACCCUGAGACGAAGCAGGUCUGGGACCCCUUCAGUAGUGAAGAAGAAAACUAGGUCACCCCUGAGACGAAGCAGGUCUGGAUCCCCUUUAGUGAAGAAGAAAUCCAGAUCACCGCCUGUAAGAGGCCGAGCUGGAUUAUCUCCAGUGGUGAGAGAGAAAUCAAAAUCGCCACCAAGACGAAGCAGAUCUGGAUCAUCUCCAGCAGGAAGAGAGAGAUCGAAAUCGCCCACAAGACGAAGCAGGUCUGGGUCAUCUCCAGUGGGAAGAGAGAAAUCGAAAUCGCCCAUAAGACGAAGCAGAUCUGGAUUCUCUCCAGUGAAAUCGAAAUCGCCCCCAAGACGAAGCAGAUCUGGAUUCUCUCCUGCAGUGAGAGAGAAAUCGAAAUCGCCACUAAGACGAAGCAGAUCUGGAUUUUCUCCAGUGGUGAGAGAGAAAUCGAAAUCGCCCCCGAGGCGAAGAACAUCUGGAUCAUCUCCUGAGGUGAGAGAGAAAUCUAGAUCCCCUCCAAGACAAACCAGAUCUGGAUCAUCUCCAGAACUGAAAAAGAAAUCCACAUCUCCCACUACAAGAGGCAUGUCUGGCUCCUCUCCUGGGCUGAAGAAGAAAUCCAGUUCUCCUCAAAGGCAAAGUAGGUCUGGAUCGUCACCAGCAGUGGAAGGAAAAUCUAGAUCCCCUCUAGGGAAAAGUAGACUUGGAUCCUCUCCAGAACUGAAGAAGUUGUCUAGGACGCCUCCAAAACACAGUGGUGCCGAGCCUCCUUCAGUGCUGGAAGAGAAAGCUGGUUUGCCUCUAAAAUGCAGCCAGUCUGAAUCCUCUCCAGAACCACUGAAGAAAUCCAGAACACCGCCCGCAAGGAGCAGGUCUGGAUCCUCUCCAGAACUAAAUGAUAAAUCCAGCUCACCGCUCCCAAGACACAGCCCAUCUGGAUCCCCUCCAGAACUGACAAAGAAAUCUAGAUCGCCUCCAAGAUGUGCUAGGCCUGAUGUCUCUCCAGUGGUGAAAGAAAAAUCUAGAUCUCCCCAGCCAUGGCAAAACCAAUCUGGAUCCCUAGAAGUGACAAAGAAAUCCCCAUCACCACCCAUGAGAGGGUCCUCAGCAGAGCCCGCAAAACCCAAAUCGCCUCCCUUGCUGAGUGGAUCUGGAUCAUUGACACUGAAAGGCAAGGCCGGUUCCCCCCCAAGACACAGCCGAUCUGGGUCAUCUCCAGGGUCAGGAAGCCGACUCGGAGCAGUUUCAAAACACAACAGGCCCCUGGCUUCUCCGGAAGCUAAAGAGGUGGGGAAGGUGUCAGCCUCUCAGGUCAAACCAGCAUCUCCUGAGGCAAAAGACAAAUACAGUGUGUCCCCAAGAAGGAGCAGACUGGGGAUGUCGCCUGGUGUCCUAGAGAAAUCCAGAACGCCUCCGAGCAGCUCAGAGUCUUCCCCAGAGCAGGCAGAGAUAUCCCGUUCGCCGCCCCGGCCCCGGGAGAAGUCUCGUUCGCCGCCCCGGCCCCGGGAGAAGUCUCGUUCGCCGCCCCGGUCCCCGUAG